UCGAUUCACUCGUCGCGCGAACAACAGCAUAAAAUGAGGUGAUCAUUCCGUUGGAUCGCCAUUCAUAGAAAUUUCAGUGUGCAAUGUUUUCACGGUUGAUCAAAAUUUAACACGCUACCGCCCGGCCUUCAGUGCAACAUUUUCUAAAUUAUUUCGUUACAGACAGAGACUACCCAAUUGAUCCAAUCCUCUUCGAUUAAUAUAUUUUGCCGAUAAAUUUUUGUGACAUUACUCCGCGUACGUUCGUGAAACCUCGAAAUUUCCAACUAGCAGCGAAAACCAUGGCAGACCGUCAGAAGGAGAUCCCCAAAGCCUUGAAGUUUGUUUUUGGUGGCAGCGCUGGCAUGAUGGCCACACUUUUCGUGCAGCCGCUCGACUUGCUGAAGAAUCGCAUGCAGCUGUCGGGCGUGGGCACGGCAAAGAAGGAAUACACUUCGUCAUUCCAGGCCUUUCGCGGAAUCAUCGCCAAUGAGGGCGUGUUCGCGUUAUACAACGGCCUCUCCGCUGGUUUGCUCCGUCAGGCGACCUACACGACGACGCGUCUCGGCGUUUAUCAAAUGCUCUUCGACAUGGCAAGCAGAGACGGCCAUCCACCGAACUUCGCAACGAAGGCAGCCAUCGGUAUGGCCGCAGGUGUAUGCGGUGCCUUCGUCGGCACACCCGCAGAAGUAGCCCUCAUCCGAAUGACGUCCGACGGACGCCUGCCGGCCGCCGAACGCCGCAAUUACAAAAACGUCGUCGAUGCCAUGAUGCGCAUCUGUCGCGAAGAAGGCGUCCUAGCUCUAUGGCGUGGAGCUAUACCAACCAUGGGUCGUGCUAUGGUCGUCAAUGCCGCCCAGCUUGCGAGUUACUCGCAAGCGAAACAAGUCCUCGCCUCGUACGACUUCUUCGAGGAGGGCAUCUUUCUACACUUCUGCGCGUCGAUGAUCUCUGGACUUAUCACCACCGCUGCAUCCAUGCCUGUGGAUAUAGCCAAAACCAGGAUCCAAAACAUGAAAUACGUCGAUGGUAAGCCAGAGUACACCGGCGCGUUGGAUGUGCUCGGGAAGCUGGUGAAGAACGAAGGCGUUUUCGCGCUGUGGAAGGGUUUCACUCCAUACUACUGCCGGCUGGGACCUCACACGGUACUCACCUUCAUAUUCCUCGAGCAAUUGAAUGCCACCUACAAGCGAUACGCCGCCUAGUCGACCAAAUCGGCGUGGUUCGAAACGAAAAAAGCAAAACGAUAGUAAAUGAAAAUAUGCAACGCGACCACUUGAGAUGAAGAAUAACUGCCGUUUAAGAAACGAUACAAUGAUCCAUGUUAUACGGACAUAUUUAAAAAAAAAAAGAAACAUCUUCUAUAAAAUGCGAUAAAAGCUUCUAAAACAAUCAUGCGUUUCGUGGUAACAGUUUUGUAUGAAUGCGAGAUGACGAUUUGUUUUGUUGCGCGGUGUUAGUAUAUAUUUGUGGUCUGUUUUUUGUUUUUUCUGGUGUCACCAGAGAGACCAAAGUAUUUCUCGCUUUAUUGCAAUUGUUUGUUAAAUGACUAUAUUUUAUUAUACAUUGUACAUUCACUGGAGAA